AUGAUAGAAGUUGGAAAUCAAUGCAAGGUGCUGAAGGUGUCUAUGGAAAAGAUGUACUACAUGUUAGUACGAUCAGGAUUUCUAGAGGCAAAUAUGGAAGGCCAUUCGGAGGGAGGUAGUUAUUGUGAGUUCCAUGGAAGAGAUGGACACUAUAUUGAGGAUUGCAUCGAGUUUUGCGAAAAGAUUGCAAAAAUGUUAAAAAUGGGGCAAUUGAGAAUUGAACCCAUGGAGAACAGGGGUGAGGUGAGUAUGAUGGAAGAUCAGAUGGAGAUGACAGGAGUAUGCAGGGUCCAACAAACAGCUAAUGGUCCCCCAAGGCUAAUCUUGGUUAAACCGUCCUACACAAAAGGGAAUCACAAUGCCAUGCCUUAUAAUUAUGGUUAUGCCUCCAACGUUCAAGCUCCUCUUCCUUUGUUCCAGACUGAGAUAAGUGGGUUGACCAGGAGUGGUCGUUGCUUUACUUCCGAGGAGUUGAGGAAGGAAAAGGGUAAAGAAGUGGUAGAUCUUGACAAAGCACUAGAAGUUAAUAAGCCAGUAACAGAAGAGGAGUCGAAUGAAUUCCUGAAGUUGAUCAAGCAUAGUGAAUAUUGCAUAGUAGAUCAACUAAAGAAGACUCCAGCUAGGAUCUCCCUUAUGUCCCUGAUACUCAGCUCUGAGCCGCAUCGAAAUGCCUUGCAGAAGGUAUUGAAUGAGGCAUAUGUACCCCAAGACAUUGAACAUAAAACCAUGGAGCAUCUAGUGGGAAGGAUCCAUGCAACUAAUUACCUGUACUUCACGGCUGAUGAGCUUGAUGCUGAAGGUACCGGACAUAACAAGCCCUUAUACAUUACGGUUAGGUGUAAGGACUGCCUCAUAGGAAAAGUACUCAUUGAUAAUGGCUCGGCCCUUAACGUGUUGCCAAAGCACAUGCUGGAAGAAAUGCCGAUCGAUGAAUCCCAUAUAAAGCCAAGUACUAUGAUGGCCAGAGCGUAUGAUGGCUCGCCUAGGCCGAUAAUUGGGACUUUAGAAGUGGAGCUAUAUGUGGGACCACAAAUGUUCCUAGUAACACUUCAGGUUAUGGAUAUCCACCCUUCCUAUAGUCUGUUGUUAGGAAGACCUUGGAUUCAUGCAGCGGGUGCAGUAGCUUCGUCAUUGCAUCAAUGCUUGAAGUAUAUCAUGAAUGGGAUGUUGGUAACUGUCAAGGCUGAGGAGACAGUAUCCAUGAUAAAGAAUGUAGCUGUGCCUUUUAUCGAAGCGGGUGAUUGCAAGGGUAACAAUAUCCAUGCCUUUGAGAUUGUGAACACCGACUGGGUGCCGGAGAACACAGUGCUAAGAAGGCCAAGGAUCUCAGAAGCAGCAAGGAUGGCGAGUCUAUGCUUUUUGAACCGCGGGAUCCCAUUUCAGUAUAACUUUAUUAUCAGGAUACCAGAAGGGGUUAAUCUGGCAAGGAUGAAAAGUGCUGCUCAAAGAUUUGGGUUAGGGUACCAACCUAACCAAGAGGAUUAUCGGUGGGCUGCUGAUCGGAGAAGGGCAAGAAGGAUGGCUAGAAUUAAAGGAAGAGAGCCUGAUGAAGAAAAGCUAGAAAUCCCUCCCCUUAGCGUGUCAUUCCCAAAAGCUGCAUACAUAAUGCAACAUGAUAAAGAAGCCGAAAGCCUUGAUCAAGAGCUGUCAAACAUGAGCAUAAAUACCUUGGGGGAAAACAAGGUGGAAGGAGAUGACAUGAAGACAGUAGCAAGAAAGGGAGAUGAAGCACUCCCACAACUGACGGUUUACACCAUAGAAGAAGUCUCCGCCAAGACCUUUGUGCGCAAGCUAUUAGAACAACAGGAACAGACUUGGAAGCCUAUCACCGAGGAACUCGAAACCAUCAAUGUGGGUAGUGAUCAGCUCAAGAAAGAGUUGAAAAUAGGUACCUUAGUUACUUCGGAACUAAGGACAAAAAUGAUCGCCCUGUUACAAGAAUAUGCAGAUGUCUUUGCUUGGUCUUAUGAAGAUAUGCCCGGUUUGGACACAAAUAUUGUAGUACAUAAGAUACCGUUGGAAGAAGGUUGUAAACCAGUCAAACAGAAGCUGAGGAGGGCCCACCCGGAUGUCUGGAUCAAGGUUAAGGUAGAACUCGAGAAGCAAUGGGAUGCUGGCUUUCUAGAAGUAGUUAGAUAUCCACAAUGGGUAUCUAACAUUGUUGUGGUGCCUAAGAAGGAGGGGAAGAUUAGAGUGUGCGUGGAUUUUCGGAAUUUGAAUAAAGCUAGCCCCAAGGAUGAUUUUCCUCUACCACACAUAGAUGUUUUGGUGGACAACGCGGCCCGGAGUUCCACAUAUUCCUUUAUGGAUGGUUUUUCAGGAUACAACCAGAUAAAAAUGGCUCCGGAGGAUAAGACGAAAACAACUUUUGUCACACCGUGGGGGACAUUCUGCUAUAAGGUCAUGCCAUUUGGAUUGAAGAAUGCAGGAGCAACCUAUCAAAGAGCAAUGGUGACUUUGUUCCACGACAUGAUGCACAAGGAAAUUGAGGUGUAUGUAGACGACAUGAUUGCCAAGUCUAAAAGGGGAGAGGAUCAUGUUGAAGUUUUGAGGAAGUUGUUUGAGAGAUUGAGGAAGUAUGAAUUAAGGCUCAAUCCUGCAAAAUGUUCAUUUGGAGUUAAAUCGGGUAAGCUGUUAGGAUUUGUGGUAAGUGAUAGAGGUAUAGAGGUGGAUCCAGAUAAAGUAAGGGCCAUCCAAGCUAUGUCAUCCCCUAAGACGGAGAAGGAAGUAAGAGGAUUCUUGGGAAGGAUAAACUACAUUGCUCGGUUCAUAGCUCAGUUAACAACGACGUGUGAACCAAUAUUCCGACUACUAAGGAAAAAGAAUCCUGGAACCUGGAAUGAGGAGUGUGAGGAGGCAUUCAAUAAAAUCAAGCAUUAUUUGCAAAAUCCACCUUUACUGGUCCCUCCGGUAUCGGGAAAACCUCUAGUAUUGUAUCUAACAGUGACUGAAGCAGCCAUGGGAUGUGUAUUGGGUCAGCAUGAUGAAACCGGAAGGAAGGAAAGAGCUAUUUAUUACUUAAGUAAGAAAUUCACUGAAUGUGAGUCUAGAUACACGGAGAUAGAAAGGCUUUGUUGUGCGUUGGUGUGGGCAGCAAAGAGGUUGCGGCAUUAUAUGUUAUACUAUACCACUUGGUUGAUUUCAAAAGUGGAUCCUCUGAGGUACAUUUGUAACAAGCCGUUUCUCUCAAGUCGAAUUGCAAGGUGGCAAGUUCUAUUAGCAGAAUAUGACAUAGUAUAUAUGACAAGGAAGGCCGUAAAAGGAAGUGCAAUCGCGGACCAUCUGGCCGAUAAUGCUGUUGAAGAUUACGAACCUUUGGAUUUUGACUUCCCUGAUGAAGAUAUAUUGUCAAUAGAGAAAGAAGAAGAGAAGACAGAUUGGUGGACAAUGUUUUUUGAUGGUGCAGUGAAUGUAUAUGGUAACGGGGCUGGUGCGGUAAUAAUCUCUCCUGAUAAGAAACAGUAUCCAGUUUCGGUUAAACUACAUUUCGAGUGCACCAACAACACAGCUGAGUAUGAAGCUUGUAUCCUUGGUCUAGAAGCGGCAUUAGAGCUGAAGAUAAAGAAGUUAGAUGUGUACGGAGAUUCAAUGUUGAUUAUCUGUCAGGUUAAGGGGGAAUGGCAGACCAAAGAGGAAAAGUUGAGGCCGUACCAGGAAUACCUGUCCACACUAGCAAAGGAAUUUGAAGAAAUUAGAUUCACCCAUCUGGGAAGGGAGGGGAACCAUUUUGCAGAUGCUUUGGCCACGCUAGCUGUGGGAGCUUCCAAAACGGAUAAGAAAACCUUAAGAAGGAAAUGUCACAAGUGUCAAGUUUACAGUGACAAGGUCAAUAUGCCACCAGCUCCUCUAUUUAAUCUGAUAUCUCCUUGGCCAUUUGCAAUGUGGGGAAUCGACGUGAUCGGACCUGUUAACCCAAAAGCUAGCAACGGUCAUAGAUUCAUCCUCGUAGCUAUUGACUACUUCACAAAAUGGGUGGAAGCUAAUUCAUAUGCCCACGUAACACAGAACGUAGUGAAGAGGUUUAUAGAAAAGGACUUGAUUUGUCGAUAUGGUCCUCCGGAAAAGAUAGUAACAGAUAAUGCACAGAAUUUCAAUGGCAAAAUGAUAGUGGAGCUGUGUACUAAAUGGAAAAUCAAGCAUUCGAAUUCCUCACCAUACCGACCAAAAAUGAAUGGCGCAGUAGAAGCCGCCAAUAAGAACAUCAAAAAGAUUAUUCAGAAAAUGGACCUCGACAGGGACUACCCCGUAUUCUUUGGUGUACGGUAUGGAAGCAGUGAUGCCUUUGGAAGUAGAAAUCCCGUCGUUAAGAGUAUUGAUGGACUCCGAAUUAGAAGAGGCCGAGUAGGCCAAAGUGAGAUAUGA